AUGUUGACUUUUGACCUGUCGCGCCUCUGGCUUGCUGCCCUGGGUUUUGUUGUGGCCUAUGUCACGCAGUCGACUGCACGUUGGUUACAUCAUGGGUAUAAACUUCGUAAAACUGUCCGAGAUAUGCAGGCAAAGGGCGCUCCAACACUACCUCACUCAUGGAUAUUUGGUCAUUUGAUAUUCAUGGGCGAGUUUCGCAAGGACCACCCCGAAGAUGCCAAUAUUUACAAUAUGCAAUGUUGGUUCAUGGACAAUGUUGCCCGCUUCUUCCCAGGCGAGGAAACGAUCCCGCCCGUCAUCUACCUGGAUCUUUGGCCGCUCCUUAAUUCUCCCAUGAUCAUGACCACUCAUCCAGCCGUGUCAGCGCAGUAUACGCAGCUUAAGAGUCUACCUAAAUCCAGGACGUCUACCGUCUAUCUAACUCCCCUUACUGCAAACAAAGACAUUGUGUCUGUGGAAGGAGAUGAAUGGAAACACUGGCGCUCAAGGCUGAACCCUGGUUUCAGUCCUCGUAACAUUACAGCACUCCUGCCAGAGCUGGUCGAGGAGAUGCUGGUCUUUAUUGAUGGCCUCAAGAAGCUGGCAGGCAAGGACGGAACGUGGGGCGAGGUAUUCCAAUUCGAAGAAAGGACCAUGAACUUGACAUUUGACAUAAUCAUUCGCGCUUCGCUUGAUACACGGCUUCACCAGCAAACCCUAGGUACCGAUACACCCCUCAAAUCGGCACUGUUGGCACAAUUGGAGCAAAUGGGUCGGAUGGCAAAUCCUGCACGAGGCUUCUUACAUGCAUUCAACCCAUUUGGAUCGUUCACUAUCGCUGAGAACAACAAGGUGAUGCGUGACUUUUUUGUGCCGAAUAUUCAAAAGAGCAUUCAGUCCGAGUCUCGAAGCUCGGGAAAACGAACCAUUGUCGACUUGGCGCUGAAGCAGUUCAACGUUGAAGCCGACUCGAAAGCCCAAGCAAAACCCGACGAGGAGUUUAUUAAUAUCUUGCUCAGCAAUCUCAAAGCUUUCCUCUUUGCUGGCCACGACACAACGGCGACCACACUCUGCUGGAUGUUCAAGAGUCUCCAGGACAACCCCAACUGCCUCGAGAAGCUCCGCGCCGAGCACACGGCGGUGCUUGGGCCCGACGUCGAUCAAGCACACGAGGUCAUUCUCAAGUCCCCGCAUCUAUUAUAUGCACUGCCAUAUACCCUGGCAGUGAUCAAGGAGACACUACGGUUGUACCCGCUGGCCGCAACUGUGCGCGAGGGAAGGGCGGACUUUUUCCUUACAGCUCCCGGUUCACCUUUCAAGUAUCCCACCGACGGCUUUGCACUUUGGGACGGAGUACCAGCGAUUCAGUCGAGGGCCGAUCUUUGGGUCAAGGGCAAUGAAUUUUUCCCGGAACGAUGGCUUGCUACCGAAGGUGACACCCUUUACCCUCCCAAGGACGCCUGGAGGCCCUUUUCUAUGGGUCCUAGAAACUGCAUUGGACUGGAAUUGGCACUUGUGGAGCUACGCUUGGUCGCAGUGAUGAUGGCCAGAAAGUUUGACGUUCAAGAAGCGUGGCACAAGUGGGAUGCGAAGAAGGGAAACACAGGCUCGAAACCUAUGGUGAAGGGCGAGCGGCUAUAUCGUGUUGGUACUGGAACAGUGCAUCCGAAAGACGGAAUGCCCGUGCACAUCCGAGUCAGGCAAUAA